GGCGGGCUGGAGGACGCGGAGCUGCGGGAGGCGCAACGCGAUUACCUCGAUUUUCUGGACGAUGAGGAAGAUCAAGGGAUUUAUCACAGCAAAGUCCGGGACAUGAUCAGCGACAACCAGUAUCGCCUCCUCGUCAGCAUCAACGACCUGCGGCGGAAGAACGAGAAGAGGGCCAACCGGCUCUUGAGCAAUGCCUUUGAGGAGCUGAUCGCCUUCCAGCGUGCCCUGAAGGACUUCGUCGCCUCUGUUGAUGCCACCUAUGCCAAGCAGUACGAGGACUUCUACAUUGGGCUGGAGGGCAGCUUCGGCUCCAAGCAUGUGUCGCCACGGACGCUGACGGCCUGUUUCCUCAGCUGCAUUGUCUGUGUGGAGGGCAUCGUGACGAAAUGCUCUCUGGUUCGUCCAAAGAUUGUCCGGAGUGUCCAUUAUUGCCCAGCUACCAAGAAGACUAUUGAGCGCCGAUACACGGACAUGACCUCCCUGGAUGCUUUCCCAUCCAGUUCUGUCUACCCCACGAAGGAUGAAGAGAAUAACCCCCUGGAGACAGAGUUUGGUCUUUCUGUCUACAAGGACCAUCAGACCAUCACCAUUCAGGAGAUGCCUGAGAAGGCACCAGCAGGGCAGCUGCCACGCUCGGUGGAUGUCAUUCUGGAUGAUGACCUGGUGGACAAGGUGAAGCCUGGAGACCGCAUCCAGGUGGUGGGGACGUACCGCUGCCUGCCGGGAAAGAAAGGGGGUUACACUUCGGGGACUUUCAGGACUAUCCUCAUUGCCUGCCACGUGAAGCAAAUGAGCAAAGACGUUCGGCCUCUUUACUCCGCUGCUGAUGUGGCCAAGAUCAAGAGAUUCAGCAAGAGUCGCUCCAAGGAUAUCUUUGACCAGCUGGCUAGAUCACUGGCUCCCAGCAUCCACGGGCACGAGUACAUCAAGAAGGCCCUUCUCUGCAUGCUGCUUGGAGGGGUGGAGAAGGUCCUGGAGAACGGGAGCCGCAUCCGAGGAGACAUCAACAUCUUGCUGAUAGGAGACCCUUCUGUCGCCAAGUCCCAGUUGCUGCGGUACGUGCUCAGCACUGCACCCCGCGCCAUCCCCACCACCGGCAGAGGCUCCUCUGGUGUUGGCCUGACUGCUGCUGUCACCACGGACCAAGAAACCGGCGAACGGCGGCUGGAAGCAGGGGCCAUGGUGUUGGCUGACCGGGGGGUGGUGUGCAUUGACGAAUUCGACAAGAUGUCCGACAUUGACCGCACGGCCAUCCAUGAGGUGAUGGAGCAGGGCCGUGUCACCAUUGCCAAGGCUGGCAUCCAUGCACGCCUCAACUCCCGCUGCAGCGUCCUGGCUGCGGCCAACCCUGUCUAUGGCCGGUAUGACCAGUACAAGACUCCCAUGGAGAACAUUGGCCUGCAGGACUCCUUGCUCUCCCGCUUUGACCUGCUCUUCAUCGUGCUGGACCAGAUGGACCCUGAGCAGGACAGGGAGAUCUCGGACCAUGUCCUGCGGAUGCAUCGCUACCGCAACCCCAAUGAGCAGGAUGGGGACGCCAUGCCCCUGGGCAGUGCUGUGGAGAUCCUGGCUACAGAGGACCCCGACUUCGUGCAGGAGGAGGAACAGGAGCUCCAAGUGUAUGAGAAACAUGAUGACCUCCUGCAUGGGCCAAACCGCCGCAAGGAGAAGAUCGUCAGCAUGGAGUUCAUGAGGAAGUACAUCCACGUAGCAAAGAUGAUUAAGCCCGUCUUGACCCAGGAGUCAGCAAGCUACAUAGCAGAGGAGUACUCCCGCCUGCGGAGCCAGAGCCAGAUGAACUCGGACAUCGCCAGGACCUCCCCUGUUACUGCUCGUACCCUGGAGACCCUGAUCCGCCUCUCCACGGCCCACGCCAAGGCCAGGAUGAAUAAGACAGUCGAUCUGCAAGAUGCCGAGGCGGCUUUGGAGCUGGUGCAGUUCGCCUACUUCAAAAAGGUGCUGGAGAAGGAGAAGAAGCGGAGAAAGCAGGCGGAGGAGGACUCGGAGACUGAGGAGGAGGACCAGGAGUCACAGCCCAAGGAGGAGCGCAGCACAAGGAGGAGAAAGAAGGCACGCACAGGAGGCGAGGGGGACUCCUACGACCCGUAUGACUUCAGUGACGCUGAGGAGGAGAUGCCGGAGGUCCAGGCACACGCUCCCAAGACACCCGAAGCCUCGGCCACUGGCGAAGCGAAGAAGCCGGAGUUGGCUGAGCCGAGGUUGAAAGCGUUCAAGGCUGCCCUCCUGGACGUCUUCAAAGCUUCCCAUGCCCAGUCUGUGGGUCUGAAGAACGUGAUGGAGUCUAUCAACCGUGACAACCCUGAGCCCUUCUCGCUGGCUGAAGUGAAGGUGGCGUUGGCCCACAUGCAAGAUGACAACCAGAUCAUGGUGUCUGAUGACAUUAUCUUCUUAAUCUGA